CUGCUCCGCCUCCUCCCGCAGCCUUCGGAGCUCAGGGUCCGGUCGCUGCAGCAACUCCGAGCUCUCGAGCGAAGCGCGGGGCGAGGGCUGGCCAGCGGCUAGAAGGGCCAGGAGCCGGAGUCUUGGCGGGAGCGGCCGAGGAGCCCCCAGCAGCCGCGCGGCGGCCCUGAGCUACGCGGCCGAAGCUCCUGCAAACUUGGGCGCGCGCUCACGCCAGUGGGCCGGCGGUCGGAGCGAUGAAGAUGGUGGCCCCCUGGACGCGGUUCUACUCCAACAGCUGCUGCCUGUGCUGCCAUGUCCGCACGGGCACCAUCCUGCUGGGCGUCUGGUACCUGAUCAUCAAUGCAGUGGUGCUGUUGAUUCUGCUGAGCGCCCUGGCUGAUCCCGAUCAGUAUCACUUUUCAAGUUCUGAACUAGGAGGUGACUUUGAGUUCAUGGAUGAUGCCAACAUGUGCAUUGCUAUCGCCAUUUCUCUUCUCAUGAUCCUGAUCUGUGCGAUGGCUACUUAUGGAGCAUACAAGCAACACGCCGCCUGGAUCAUCCCCUUCUUCUGCUACCAGAUCUUUGAUUUUGCCCUGAACACCUUGGUUGCAAUCACCGUCCUUGUGUAUCCAAACUCCAUCCAGGAAUACAUACGACAGCUGCCUCCUAAUUUUCCUUACAAAGAUGAUAUCAUGGCGGUGAAUCCUACCUGUUUGGUCCUUAUUAUUCUUCUGUUUAUCAGCAUCAUGUUGACUUUUAAGGGUUACUUGAUUAGCUGUGUUUGGAACUGCUACCGAUACAUCAAUGGCAGGAAUUCCUCCGACGUCCUGGUUUAUGUUACCAGCAAUGACACUACGGUGCUGUUGCCCCCGUACGAUGAGGCCCCAGCGAAUGGCGCUGCCAAGGAGCCGCCGCCACCUUACGUGUCUGCCUAGGCCUGGAAGUGGGCACAGCUGAGAGCGACAGCUUGCCUCUCAGACAUCAGAGCAAUAGUUCUUUAAUUUUACUUCUGAGAUGAGCUCUCUGAGCUUUUUUGUUGCAGAGAUGCUCCAGUUUAAAAUGUUAGAUGUUAAGUUGAAACUAUCUGUAGUUUGAAACAUAUGCUUUUUAGCUAGAGCACUAUAUUAGAGUAACUGUAGCAUUUUCCCUGUGGGGGGUGGGGGCGGUGGGCUCCCCUGGUGUCCCCUCAGCAUCCACACUGAACCCCCAGCAUCUAAGAAUUUGUGUCCCUUCUCUCUGUUCCCUCUUUCUCUUUUGCAAGUGUGAAAGAAAACCAAAAUUAGACAGUGCUUUUCUUAGGCCAUUCCAGUGCAUAGAACAAACCCUGAGGAGAGCCAGGGAUGUUAAUUAUGGAAGGAGGCCAUGUAUAUACAUUAAUAAAACAAGCAUUUCCUCAGAUCCCUUUAUGAUUUAAAUUCGGUGGCAGUUUGAGUUUGCUGGUCGAGUAUUUUGGCCGCAGGCUAAAUUGAGACCCUUUGACCAUCCCGGGGCAGUGAGAGCCAUCAGUCACCCCUUCCCAGUGGCCGCUCUUGUCACCUGUUUCUGGGGUUGUGGCAUGACGUGUUGGGGGGCAACUCUUUUGUUUGGUAGUGCAUGGUGUCGGGGUCCCCCCCCCACUUUCUGGUUUCCCAUCCCCCUUCAGAGCCCCCUUUCACUAAACGUUCUGCCCUAGCCUGACUCAGGACAUCCGGCAUCCUUUGUUCAGUGGAAUUUCUGGUCCGUAUUUACCUAACAAUAUAAGGAGAGGCUUCUCUCCUGCAAGGCACGUCUCAUUGCACGUCUAAUAAUUACACCUCGUCUUCUUUUACAAUGAGUAUAAAACAGUGUUCUCGGAAUAACGGGAGGGAGGGUGCUUUCCUUGUGAAAUGCCCUUAUCUGGACUACCUGUAUCUCGGGGGACUUUUAUAUAUUCCUGUGUUCGAAAGCCACAGCUCUUCUGUUGGUUCAUCUUUGAAUGUGCUAUAUACAUGAAGGCUUUUGCAAUUAAAAAUGACAUUUGGCCACAUCCAAGAAA